CGGACGGUUCACACUUUUGGGAUUUAUUGUAAAUACGCUGUUUUAUGCUGAGGUUCUAGCAUGUUAUUUAGAGUGUGUUGUUCUCUAUGACAGUGUGUUAGCUAUUUGGAUCUGUUAGCGGUAACUGUAGUGUGUGUGUGUGUUAGCUCUGUUGUAGGAUUUGUUCUUGUUUACACUCAGGGUCUGUUAGUGCAUUGUGCUGUAGUGUGAGGCAGCUUUAUAACAGUUUUGCUUUAGUGUGUGUGCGAUCAUGUCAGUGGCAGUGGAGUUGUUGGGCUUCUUGUUGUGUGUGGGUGGGUGGCUGCUGAGCGGCAUCAGUUUAGCGAAUAACUACUGGCGCGUGUCGUCGCACACGGACAGCGUGAUCACGUCCGUAUGGCAGUAUGAGAACCUGUGGCAGGCGUGUGCGGAGGCCAGUACAGGCAUCAGUAACUGCAGAGAGUUCGAGUCCAUGCUUGCUCUGGAUGCCCAUGUGCAGGCAUGUCGUGCUCUGAUGAUCAUUGCCCUGCUGCUUGGCCUCGCCUCAAUCCUCCUCUCCACCAUGGGACUGAAGUGCACCAAACUGGGUGGCAUGAAGGAGACGAGUAAAGGACGACUCACACUCACUGCUGGAGUGAUGUUCAUACUGUCUGGUUUGUGUGUGCUGACGGCUGUGUCAUGGUACGCAUCACGCAUUGUUCAGGAGUUCAACGACCCCUUUUACGUCGGAACAAAAUCCGAGCUGGGUACUGGUCUAUAUUUGGGUUGGGCUGCGGCGGUGUGUGUGAUUUUGGGAGGAGCCAUGCUGUGUGGAUCAUUCAAGAGAGCAAGAUCACCCAAACCUGCAGGGGGUUACAGGUAUAAGUCAUCAGCCAAUCAGCAGAUCUAUAAAACGGGAGCUCCGUCGGAGAGCAGUAGCUCCAGAGCGUACGUCUGACCCCAGAGCUUCUAAUACACUUGACACACAGAAGAAAUGAAAACCAUCUAUAAAAACUCUUUCUGACACAUACUGUGUGUGUGUGUGUGUGUGUGUGUGUGUGUGUGUGUGUGUGUGUGUGUGUGUGUGUGUGUGUGCUUGUGAGUGACUGUGUGUGUUGUUUUGUGGCGUUACACAUGAUGUCUUGUGUUUAUGUUGUUCCGUGAAUAAAUGUCUGUGAAAUUGCAGGCUCAUACCUUUGCCUUCAUGAAUGCAGAUGGGGUUUUUUGUGUGUUGUUGUUGUUGUUGUUGUUGUUGUUUUGAAGGGGCUUUACAGGAUUUUUUUUAGUAAUAACAAUAAAUUCUAUUUAUAUAAAUUCCAUUGU